UGUUGCUAUUGUAUUUUGGCGCCUUCGAAAUUGUCUAGGUUAUCACGCGUUCGCAGUCAUGACUCAAACGUCUAACACAUCUGGUGGUUCCAGAAGGAAAGAAGGACAGUAUGAAGACAAAGAAAAGCCAGCAGCUAUUAGAUCAAGCAACAUAGUUGCUGCCAAAGCUGUUGCUGAUGCAAUUCGCACAAGCUUGGGACCUAAAGGAAUGGAUAAAAUGAUUCAAGAAGCUAAAGGUGAUGUCACCAUUACUAAUGAUGGAGCUACUAUCUUGAAACAAAUGAAGUUGCUCCAUCCUGCUGCCCGAAUGUUGGUUGAAUUGUCGAAGGCGCAAGAUAUUGAAGCAGGUGAUGGGACUACUACUGUGGUUGUUAUCGCUGGCAGUCUUCUCGAUGCCUGUUCAAAACUGCUGAGCAAGGGUAUUCACCCAACAUCUAUCUCCGAUGCUUUUCAAAAAGCUGCAGUAAAAGCAUGUAGCAUUCUCGAAGGAAUGUCCAUUCCUGUAGACUUAGGAAAUAUAGAAGAACUUACAAAGGUUGCAACGACUUCGUUGAACUCCAAAGUUGUCUCUCAACAUUCAGAUUCCCUUGCACCAAUAGCUGUCAAGUCUGUCUUGAGUGUUAUCGAUCCAGCUCAUCCUGACUCUGUCACUUUGGAUGAUAUUCGUAUUGUCAAAAAGCUUGGUGGGACAGUCGAGGACACCAAACUAGUCGAUGGUCUUAUACUUACCCAGCAUGCUGAGUCUGCAUGCGGUGUUAAGAGAGUGGAAAAAGCUAAAAUCGCGAUUAUUCAGUUUUGUAUCUCUCCUCCUAAAACUGAUAUGGAUAACAGUGUUGUGAUUACAGAUUAUACGCAAAUGGAUAGAGUGAUGAAAGAAGAAAGACAAUACAUUCUUAAUAUUGUUAAAGCUGUUAAGAAGGCUGGUUGUAAUGUUCUACUCAUUCAGAAGAGCAUUUUAAGAGAUGCUGUGAAUGAUCUAGCUUUGCAUUAUUUCAAUAAAAUGAAGAUAAUGGUCGUUAAAGAUAUUGAACGUACUGAAGUGGAGUUCAUAUGCAAAACUCUACACUGUAUACCAAUAGCAAGCCUGGAUCAUUUCAACCCAGAAUAUAUGGGUUCUGCUAGCUUGGUUGAAGAAUCAGAGGCGACUGCCCGUUGUGUUCACAUCACAGGUAUUGAAAAUAAGGGGAGAACAGUGUCAAUUUUGCUUCGUGGUUCCAAUAAACUUGUGUUAGACGAAGCUGAACGUUCGCUACACGAUGCACUUUGUGUUAUUCGAUGCCUGGUGAAGAAGAGAGCAUUGAUUGCAGGUGGCGGUGCUCCAGAAAUUGAAAUUGCUCAAAAGUUAGGCGCUUUCGCUAACACCACACCCGGACUCGAUCAAUACUGUUUACGGGCUUUUGCUGAUGCAUUUGAAGUAGUUCCUUAUACAUUAGCAGAAAAUGCUGGUCUAAAUCCCAUUCAAACGGUUACUGAACUACGAGCUCUUCAUGCCAAAAAUGAAAAGAAUGCUGGGAUCAAUGCUCGUACGGGUGCUGUUGUUGAUAUUUUAGCUCAAAAUGUAAUUCAACCUUUAUUGGUCAGCUAUAGUGCUGUUACUUUAGCCACUGAAACUGUGCGUAGCAUUUUGAAGAUAGAUGAUGUGAUUAACGCUGUCAGAAAUUAAAUCAAUAACAAUGCAUUCAACACGCCCUUGGCUUGCUCUAAUGUUCAAAAUGUGAAACCGGUUGUAUUUGUGAAAUAAAGUGCUUGUGAACAGUCCAAGAAAAAAUGAUUUGUUUGUUUUAACACACAUGUAAUCGUUUCUAAACAUGACGGUUCAUUUGGCA